UUGAUACACAAAAAGCAUAACACUAUUUUACUGAUGAGACAGGAGGUUCUUAAAACUGUUUCAAACAAUGAUCAAACUUAUGUAUGUGUCUACUUAUCUUAUGUAUGUGUCUACUUAUCUUAUGCAUGUGUCUACUUACCUUAUGUAUGUGUCUACUUACCUUAUGUAUGUGUCUACUUAUCUUAUGUAUGUGUCUACUUAUCUUAUGUAUGUGUCUACUUAUCUUAUGUAUGUGUCUUAUGUGUCUACUUACCUUAUGUAUGUGUCUACUUACCUUAUGUAUGUGUCUACUUACCUUAUGUAUGUGUCUACUUAUCUUAUGUAUGUGUCUACUUAUCUUAUGUAUGUUUCUACUUAUCUUAUGCAUGUGUCUACUUAUCAUGCAUCUGGGUUAUUUUUUUCCUAUAAUAUGAAGAAUUGUUUUAGAAAAUAUAAGGUGUGGAAAAAAAUUGCUCAGAUGGAAUUUAGGUAAAUCUUAAAGGUAAAGUCACUAGACUAAGUCUCAUGGGCAAUCAUACCACAUCUCCAUAUUUUUAUAUAGCUGUUUCACCUGAACUGUAGGUAAAAAUCCAGUAUGAGCAAAGUAAGCACAAGAAAAUAAACCAAUCCAUAAGUUUA